AUGGCGGCAGAACUCAAAGAAUCAUGUAUCGCCAUCAUCUCAAACCUAAUGAACCAAAAGAUCGGUUUCCCAAUCCUACCGCCUCCCACAAGUUCAGGCACUCUCAAUGCUCUGCGCGAUCUAAGCACCCACAACGAUCUCCUCAACCUAUCCACAUACGACAAACUCCAAGAACUUACUUAUCAACGACAUCUUCUCGAGGCAGAGGUGGAGGCUUUACAUGAUGUUCUUACAAACGACUCAAUGGACCUCGAUGAUACCGAGAACACCGAAUCUAUAAAGAAAGAAGCAAGAGAGAUCCAAGGGAAGAUGAUAGUCAAAGACCUAGUCGUCACGCAGUUAGCCUCUACAAGACCUAUAGUUCGGUCGAUUCAUUCAGGACCACAUCGGACGAACAUGGAAACUGACCUCCUCCCCCUCCUCACAAACCGCGACCUCCUAGCCACCACCCUAAUCCACCUAACCUCCCAACUCUCAACCCUCCAAGAAGCCCACAACCGCUCUUCCGCAAAACUAACAUCUCUCACAAAGUCGAAUAAAUCGCUAGCGGAGCAAUUGAAACAACUUUCACUCGAACACGAGAUUUCGGAAAACAUCACUACCAAUGAAAAACUUAUCGCUGCGAAGGAAGAGACGAUGAAGGCCCAGAGGCAGUGUAGGACUUUAAAGGGUGUUUUGCAGGGGAUAAUUGCGGGGAGCGGGGUGGAUUGGGCUGAAGAUGAUGUUUUGAGAGAGUUAGUGCUGGAAUGUGGUGAUGAUUGA